CUGACUCGAGCUUUGACGCCGAGCAUGUGGUGGUCGCGGGGGCCUUUCCGGUGACUGAUGAUCCCCAGGUAUCGCCAGCUACUGCACCGACACUAUCGGAUGGACUGGAUAAGGUGAACGACACAGACAGUCAGUCUACUGGGCAGACAACACGUGAGGCUGAUACGCCAUCAAAAG